CCAUCUUUCUCUCUUUCCCUUUUCCACCCCUCACACAUUUAAAUCAUGGGCUUCCUCUCUUCCGUCCCUUCUGACGAGCGCGCCAGUGCCCACAGCGUCGGCCACGAGCAGUAUGUCUCUACCACCGUCUAUGGCUCUGCCCUCUCGUCAUGCGAGCUGCCCCGCUACGAACUCGCAGAGGACGAGAUGCCAGCCCGCACCGCUGCUCGCUUCGUUCACGACGAGCUCUUGAUGGACGGCAGCCCGGCUCUUAACCUUGCCAGUUUCGUCACGACCUACAUGGAGGAUGAGGCGGAGAAGCUCAUGCUCGAGAACCUCUCCAAGAACUUCAUUGAUGUCGAGGAGUACCCCGCCCUCGGCGAGAUCGAGACCCGUUGCGUCAACAUGAUUGCCCGGCUCUUCAAUGCUCCCCUCGACACUCCCGAAUCGGAGGCCCUCGGCGUAUCCACCAUUGGCUCCUCAGAGGCCAUCAUCCUCUCCGUCCUCGCCGCAAAACGGCGCUGGCAAAACAAGCGCAAGGCCGAGGGUAAGCCCUGGGACAAGCCUAACAUCGUCAUGAACUCCGCCGUCCAGGUCUGUUGGGAAAAGGCAGCGAGGUAUCUCGAAGUCGAGGAACGUUACUGGUACUGCACCUCCGAGCGCUACGUCAUCGACCCUAAGCCUGCCGUCGACCUCGUUGACGAGAACACCAUCAUGGUCUGUGCUAUCCUCGGAUCGACGUACACCGGAGAGUACGAGGACGUUCAGACUCUCAACGAUCUACUGGAGGCCAAGAAUAAGGCGGAUGGACUGGACGUUCAUAUUCACGUCGAUGCGGCCUCCGGUGGCUUUGUGGCGCCGUUCGUGAACCCUCAGCUCCUUUGGGACUUCAGGGUUCCUCUCGUCUGCUCUAUCAACGUUUCGGGCCAUAAAUACGGUCUCGCCUACGCCGGCGUCGGCUGGGCCCUCUGGCGCUCCAAAGCCUUCCUCCCAGACGAGAUCCUCUUCACCGUAAACUACCUCGGCUCCCCCCAAGUCUCCUUCACUCUCAACUUCUCGAAAUCGGCCGUGCAGGUCAUCGGGCAGUACUACCAACUCCUCAGGCUCGGCAAAUCCGGAUACAGGGCGAUCAUGACGAAUUUGACUCAGAUUUCCGACUUUUUGGCGGAGAGUGUGUUGAAGAUCGGGGGUGGAGAGAAGUUUGUGUUGAUGAGUAAGACGGGGGGAGAGGGGUUGCCGCUCGUUGCGUGGAGGUUGAAGAAUGAGGAGAGUUAUGACGAGUUCGCUAUUGCAAGGGCGUUGAGGUCCAGAGGAUGGAUUGUUCCAGCGUACACCAUGGCUCCUCACGCCGAGAAGCUUAAGCUGCUCCGCGUUGUCGUCCGUGAAGACUUCAGCAGGCACCGCUGCGAGACACUUAUUCGCGACCUCAACGCUGUGAUGAAACAGCUCGACGACACCCCGAAAGACGUGCUCGCCCACGCCGCCAAGGUCCACGAGGCGAAGAAGAAGGAGAUGCACCCCUCGCAGAAGCAGAAGCACGUCGAGAAACAUUCGCUCCAGGGCAAGCACGGCAAGACGCACGGGAUUUGCUGAACGGCUCCGGUAUACAGCAAAAGGCGCGGCUUUAUUUCUAUCACUGGUCGUCGUGGAUGAUUCGUAUAAAGGACGAAGGCCGGACUGGACUUUUUGUCAUUCAUGUUUCACGAACGUGUUACGAUAGCUUUAUGGUGGGAACAUUGAGGGAAAGAAGAAACUCGAAGGGAGAAGUUUUGCUUGCAUUGUUUUUGUACUGUAUCCCGUACGCGUUGUCCAGAUGUUGUCAGAUUGUACGUGCAUUUUGAAGUCGCCGAAUCGAUGUACGCGUUGUUGCU